AUGCGUGGGGCAUUUUCUUGUAAUUAUAGACUUCAACCAACGUCAGUGGUUCCCUUUCACGCGGCGAUCCCGCGGUACCUCCUCUCACGGCCUCUCCUCGUCGUCCGUCGUGUCGUCUCAAACAGCCGAACACGCACUAUCACAGUCGCGGCCCUAUCGCGACUGCCUCGCUACCACGUUUCCGCACUAGCCCCAGCAGCCGCACUUGAGUGCGCGAACGACAGCAGAAACGGGAGCUUCCAACCCCGUGCAACCGCCUCGUCUUCCUUCUCGCCAGCUCAAUUCGCAUUCCCGCCUCCCCGUUUCUCCUUUCCAAUCCCCAGGACCCCUUCCGGUCACCCCGUUUCCCCUUCCCGCUUCCCCAAUUCCCCUUCCCGCUCUCCGUUUCCCCUUCCCGCUCUCCGUUUCCCCUUCCCGCCUCUCCGUUUCCCCUUCCCGCUCCCCGUUUCCCCUUCCCACCACCCCGUUUCCCCAUCCCGCUCCCCGUUACCCCUCCCCGCCUCCUCGAUUCCCCUUCCCGCCUCCCCGUUUCCCCUUCCCGCUCUCCGUUUCCCCUUCCCGCCUCUCCGUUUCCCCUUCCCGCUCCCCGUUUCCCCUUCCCACCACCCCGUUUCCCCAUCCCGCUCCCCGUUACCCCUCCCCGCCUCCUCAAUUCCCCUUCCCGCCUCCCCGUUUCCCCAUCGCGCUCCCCGUUACCCCUUCCCGCCUCCUCAAUUCCCGUUCCCGCCUCCCCGUUUCCCCUUCCCGCUCCCGAUUUCCCCUUCCCGCCUCCCCGUUUCCCCGUCCCGUUCCCGUUUCCCCUUCCCGCCUUCCCGGUUCCCCGUCCCGCUCCUCGUUUCCCCUUCCCGCCUCCCCGUCGACCCUUCUCGCUCCCCGUUUCCCCUCCCCGCUCCCCGUUUCCGCUUCCCACCUCCCCGUUACCCCUUCCCGCUUCCUCAUUUCCCCUUCCCGCCUCCCCGUUUCCCCUUCCCGCCACCCCGUUUCCCCUUCCCGUCUUCUCAUUACCCCUUCCCGCCUCCCCGAUUUUGCUUCCUGCUCCCCAUUUCCCCUUCCCUCCUCCCCGUUUCCCCUUCCCGCUCCCCGUUUCCCCAUCCCGAUCCCCGUUACCCCUCCCCGCCUCCUCAUUUCCCCUUCCGCCUCCCCGUUUCCCCUUCCCGCCUCCCCAAUUCCCCUUUCUGCCACCCCGUUUCCCCUUCCCCGUCUCCCCGGUACCCCUUCCCGCCUCCCCGUUUCCCCUUCCCGCCUCCCCAAUUCCCCUUUCCGCCACCCCGUUUCCCCUCCCCGUCUCCCCAUUACCCCUCCCCCCUUCCUCCCUCUCAUUUCCCCCCCUUCUCCUCCUUUUUCUCCCCGCUUCUCCCUCUCAUUCGCCCCCUUGCUCCCUCGCAUGUCCCCCCUUUCCCCCUCUCGUUUCCCUCCCAUUCACCUGCCCAUUUGCCCCCCUUCUCCCUCUCAUCUCCCCCCUUUCUCCUUCUGUUUCGCCCUUCUCACACUCUUCCCCCUCCCCACCUUGCUCACUAUAUUCCCCGCUACUCACUCUCUUUCCCCCUGCUCACUAUCUUCCCACCAGCUCGCUCCCUUCCCCCCCCCAUCACUUUGUUUAGGGUUGCUCACUCUGUUUCACCCUUGCUCCCUCUGUUUCACCAGUGCUUCCCCCCAUCCCCUUCCCUGCUUCCCCCCAUCCCCUUCCCUGCUUCCCCCCAUCCCCUUCCCUGCUUCCCCCCAUCCCCUUCCCUGCUUCCCCCCAUCCCCAUCCCUGUUUCCCCCCAUCCCCUUCCCUGCUUCCCCCCAUCCCCUUCCCUGCUUCCCCCCAUCCCCUUCCCUGCUUCCCCCCAUCCCCAUCCCUGUUUCCCCCCAUCCCCUUCCGUGCUUCCCCCCAUCCAAUUCCCUGCUUCCCCCCAUCCCCUUCUCUGUUUCCCCCCAUCCCCUUCCCUGCUUCCCCCCAUCCCCUUCCCUGCUUCCCCCCAUCCCCUUCCCUGCUUCCCCCCAUCCCCUUCCCUGCUUCCCCCCAUCCCCUUCCCUGCUUCCCCCCAUCCCCAUCCCUGUUUCCCCCCAUCCCCUUCCCUGCUUCCCCCCAUCCCCUUCCCUGCUUCCCCCCAUCCCCUUCCCUGCUUCCCCCCAUCCCCAUCCCUGUUUCCCCCCAUCCCCUUCCGUGCUUCCCCCCAUCCAAUUUCCUGCUUCCCCCCAUCCCCUUCUCUGUUUCCCCCCAUCCCCUUCCCUGCUUCCCCCCAUCCCCUUCCGUGCUUCCCCCCAUCCCCUUCCGUGCUUCCCCCCAUCCCCUUCCGUGCUUCCCCCCUUCCCCUUCCCCCCCCAUCCCCUUCCCUGCUUCCCCCCAUCCCCAUCCCUGCUUCCCCCCAUCCCCAUCCCUGUUUCCCCCCAUCCCCUUCCGUGCUUUCCCCCAUCCCCUUCCCUAUUUCCCCCCAUCCCCUUCCCUGCUUCCCCCCAUCCCCUUCCGUGCUUCUCCCCAUCCCCUUCCCCCCCCAUCCCCUUCCCUGCUUCCCCCCUUCCCCUUCUCCCAUCCCAUUCCCUUGCUCCCUAUGGUACAUGUGCCCAGCAGCAGAUGUUGUGGCUUUACCACGGCCUGGUAUAUUGAUCGCAGUGUAG